AUGAACACAAUUGAGCCCAACCCUACCAGCCAAGUCGCGAUAUCGACAUACUCGACCUUUUCACGUCGACAAAAGCUUUGUAUCUCAUGGCUGGCCUCACUGUCUGCCAUGUACUCUGGCCUGUCGUCCUUCAUCUACUAUCCAGCGAUAACCGCAAUCGCCCGGUCCAUGUCUGUGUCGAUUGAGGCCAUCAACCUCUCCAUCACUUCGUUCCAGAUCGUCUCUGGCGUGGCGCCUAGCGUGCUCGGCGACAUGGCCGACCAGGUCGGCAGAAGACCAAUCUGUCUCGUGGCGUUCCUCGUCUAUUUCGCCGCCAACUUGGGCCUUGCUCUGCAGAACGACUAUGCGGCUUUGAUAGCUCUGCGGUGUCUGCAGAGUGCAGGCGCGUCAAGCACGAUCGCCAUCGCCUACGGCUUUAUAGCUGAUAUCGCUCCUCCCGUGGAGAGGGGGUCCUAUGUGGGAAUUCUACAGGGCUUCACAAACUCAGCACCAUGCAUCGGCCCGGUCCUGGGGGGUAUCCUCACCGAGACCCUUUCGUGGCGCUGGGUCUUUUGGUUCCUGUCAAUCCUGUCGGGAUGUAACUUGAUUAUCCUGCUCCUCGUCGUCCCGGAGACAUGGGUUGGAGGGAUCCUCGCCGCCCUCCUCACCGGCAGAGUUCUAGACAGGGACUACCGUCGGACAACAACAACAACCAAGGACCACAUCCCCGCUAUUCCAAACAAUGACAAAUCCCCAAUCGACCUCAACCUUGUGGGUGAUUUCCCUAUCGAACAAGCCCGACUGAAAUCGAUAUUCCCGCUAUUCGGGAUCAGCUGCGCCGCGACCCUGGGCUACGGCUGGUCCUUACACCACCAAGUCCACGUCCACGCCCACGCUCAAGCCCACCCGGACGUGCCGCUGGCAGUGCCACUCCUCAUGACCUUCCUCAGCGGCGCGUCCCAAGUCUCCAUCUUCACGAUCUGCGGCACCCUGCUGACCGAUCUGAACCCCAACCGCAGCGCCACCGUCCAAGCGAGCUACAGCCUGAUCCGCUGCCUCCUGAGCGCCGGUGGCAUCGCUGCGGUGGAGACACUGAUCGACGCCGUUGGAGCGGGAUGGUGUUUUACAGUGUUUGCCCUCGUUGUGGGCGUCGUGUGCGUGCCACUCGCAGUUGCGCUUCGGAAAUGGGGGCCGCGGUGGCGGAUAGAGGCGCGGAGAGAUCGUGGCGCGAGCUUAUAA